GCUCGGAGCUCAGAAACUGCCAGUAGAGAUCACAGGAGCUGGAGCCGGGACAGGAGGAGAGCUGCAGCGAGAGAGACAGCGGCAGAGUGAGAGAGGGUGAGAAGAAAAAGCAUCAAGAGAAGAAAGACUGAUCAGCACAUCAAUAACGAGCAAAAUGAUUGUCAUCCUCGUAACAAUGGCAAUAAAAGAAGAGAAUAUAAAUAAAGGAAAGAAAAUAUAAAAUAACAAUAAUUAUUAUUAUAAUAAAGGAGAAAAUCCCAGAGAAAUUCAGGGAAUGAAAGUUUUGGGCGGCAAAUCUGCUCUCUGCCUUUUUGAUAUCAGAUCCUUUUGCUGGUUAUAUAUAUAUAUUUUUCAUUUUUUUCCUGCUUUUUUGCAACUAAAGAGGGCAUGUGCAGCGGUUCCGCCAGCAGCAUCUAUCCCUCCUGCUCCCAUCAGGAAGGCAAACCGAGGACAAUCUUGAAAUAUAAAAAUUUCCUCCUUGGGAUUUGCUGCUGCUGCCUCCACUGCCGCUGCAGCGGUGCAGUGCCAAGACUCGGAAUAAAUAAGAGCGGGCUACUGUGUAUACUGUGUGUAUAUCUAUCUCCAUACAGCUCUAGGUAUUAUUAGUUGGUCAUUUAUUUCGAAGAUCACAGAUGAGGUGGGGACACCUAUCUUCUUCGUUUGAUCAGCGUGUGAAAUAAUCAUAAAAGGAGGGAAAUGGGGGAGAAAAAAAUACUAAUAUGAAGCAGAAGGAAUAAUAAUUAAACAAACCCUAGAUCUAAAUCCCACUCAGAUCCCCCUCCCUCCACGCACGCACACUGCCCUCAGUAUUUUGAGAGGAGGAGGUGGUGGUUUCUAAAGGAGGAAGUGGUAUUGGGGGGGAUCUCUUUCCACAUUUGGAGAUGAUUGUGCUAUUCCUCCUUGCCUUGCUCUGGAUGGUGGAGGGAGCCGUUUCUCAGCUUCACUACACGGUGCAAGAGGAGCAGGAGCAUGGCACGUUCGUGGGGAAUAUCGCCGAGGACCUGGGCUUGGACAUUACAAAACUUUCGGCUCGCCGCUUCCAAACGGUACCCAACUCUCGGAGCCCUUACCUAGAGCUCAACCUGGAGACUGGGGUGCUGUACGUGAACGAGAAGAUCGACCGGGAGCAGAUCUGCAAGCAGAACCCCCCUUCCUGCCAGCUGCACCUGGAGGUCUUUUUGGAGAACCCCCUCGAGCUGUUCCGGGUGGAGAUCGAGGUGCUGGACAUCAACGACAAUCCGCCCUCCUUCCCGGAGCCCGACCUGACCGUGGAGAUCUCCGAGAGCGCCACGCCGGGCACCCGCUUCCCACUGGAGAGCGCCUUCGACCCGGACGUGGGCACCAACUCGCUGCGCACCUACGAGAUCACCCCCAACAGCUACUUCUCGCUGGACGUGCAGACCCAGGGCGACGGCAACCGCUUCGCCGAGCUGGUGCUGGACAAGCCCCUGGACCGCGAGCAGCAGGCGGUGCACCGCUACGUGCUGACCGCGGUGGACGGGGGCCAACCCCAGCAGCGCACCGGCACCGCCCUGCUCACCAUCAGGGUGCUGGACUCUAAUGACAACGUGCCCGCCUUCGAGCAGCCCGUCUACACCGUGUCCCUGCCGGAGAACUCGCCGCCGGGCACCCUGGUGCUGCAGCUCAACGCCAGCGACCCGGACGAGGGCCAGAACGGCGAGGUCAUCUACUCCUUCAGCAGCCACAUCUCGGCGCGGGCCCGGGAGCUCUUCGGCAUCUCGCCGCGCACCGGGCGGCUGGAGGUGAGCGGCGAGCUGGACUACGAGGAGAGCAGCGUGUACCAGGUGUACGUGCAAGCCAAGGACCUGGGCCCCAACGCCGUGCCCGCCCACUGCAAGGUGCUGGUGCGGGUGCUGGACGCCAACGACAACCCGCCCGAGAUCAGCUUCUCCACCGUCAAGGAGGCGGUGAGCGAGGCGGCCUCGCCGGGCACGGUGGUGGCGCUGUUCAGCGUCUCGGACCGGGACUCGGAGGAGAACGGGCAGGUGCAGUGCGAGCUGCUGCAGGGCGACGCGCCCUUCCGCCUCAAGAGCUCCUUCAAGAACUACUACACCAUCGUCACCGAGGGGCCGCUGGACCGCGAGCAGCCGGGCGGCGACGCCUACACCCUCACGGUGGUGGCGCGGGACCUGGGCGAGCCGGCGCUGAGCACCAGCAAGUCCAUCCAGGUGCGGGUGAGCGACGUGAACGACAACGCGCCGCGCUUCAGCCAGCCCCUCUACCAGGUCUAUGUGAGCGAGAACAACGUGCCGGGCGCCUACAUCUACGCCGUGAGCGCCACCGACCGGGACCAGGGCGCCAACGCCCAGCUCGCCUACUCCAUCCUGGAGAGCCAGAUCCAGGGCAUGUCCGUCUUCACCUACGUCUCCAUCAACGCCGAGAACGGCUUCCUCUACGCCCUGCGCUCCUUCGACUACGAGCAGCUCAAGGAGUUCAGCUUCCAGGUGGAGGCGCGCGACGCGGGCGAGGAGCCCCAGCCCCUGGCCGGCAACGCCACCGUCAGCAUCAUCGUGGUGGACCAGAACGACAACGCGCCCGCCAUCGUCAGCCCCCUGCCCGGCCGCAACGGCACCCCGGCCCGGGAGGUGCUGCCGCGCAGCGCCGAGCCCGGCUACCUGGUGAGCCGGGUGGCGGCGGUGGACGCGGACGACGGGGAGAACGCGCGCCUCACCUACAGCAUCGCGCGGGGCAACGAGGCCAGCCUCUUCCGCAUGGACUGGCGCACCGGGGAGCUGCGCACCGCGCGCAAGGUGCCGGCCAAGCGCGACCCCCAGCGGCCCUUCGAGCUGGUGAUCGAGGUGCGGGACCACGGGCAGCCGCCGCUCUCCUCCACCGCCGCCAUCCAGGUGGUGCUGGUGGACAGCGCGGUGGAGCGCCAGGGAGGCGGCGGCCUGGGCGCGGGGGGCGGCGGCGGCGGCGGCGGGGGAGGGGCGGGAGGGGAGCAUCGCCCCAGCCGCUCCGGGGGCGAGACCUCGCUGGACCUGACCCUCAUCCUAAUCAUCGCCCUGGGCUCCGUGUCGUUCAUUUUCCUGCUGGCCAUGAUCGUGCUGGCCGUGCGCUGCCAGAAGGAGAAGAAGCUCAACAUCUACACCUGCCUGGCCAGCGACUGCUGCCUGGGCUGCUGCUGCUGCUGCCCCUGCUGCAGCCGCCAAGCCCGGGCCCGCAAGAAGAAGCUGAGCAAGUCAGACAUCAUGCUGGUGCAGAGCUCCAACGUACCCAGUAACCCGGCCCAGGUCCCCGUGGAGGAAUCGGGCAGCUUCGGAUCCCACCAUCACAACCAGAACUAUUGCUACCAGGUCUGCCUCACUCCGGAGUCAGCCAAGACCGACCUGAUGUUCCUCAAGCCCUGCAGCCCAUCCCGGAGCACUGACACUGAGCACAACCCCUGCGGGGCCAUAGUGACAGGUUACACGGACCAGCAGCCAGACAUCAUCUCCAAUGGCAGCAUAUUGUCCAACGAGACAAAACAUCAGCGUGCAGAGCUCAGUUAUCUAGUUGAUAGACCCCGACGGGUAAACAGUUCUGCAUUCCAGGAAGCAGACAUAGUAAGCUCUAAGGACAGUGGUCAUGGAGACAGCGAGCAAGGAGACAGUGAUCAUGAUGCCACUAAUCGAGGUCAAUCCUCUGGCAUGGAUCUCUUCUCCAAUUGCACAGAGGAAUGUAAAGCACUGGGCCACUCGGAUCGGUGCUGGAUGCCCUCCUUUGUCGCAUCCGAUGGACGCCAGGCUGCAGAUUAUCGCAGCAAUCUGCAUGUGCCCGGUAUGGACUCUGUUCCAGACACUGAAGUGUUUGAAACACCAGAAGCCCAGCCUGGAACAGAGAGGUCCUUUUCCACCUUCGGCAAGGAGAAGGCCCUUCACAAUACUCUGGAGAGGAAGGAGUUGGAUGGACUACUGACUAAUACACGAGCGCCUUACAAACCACCAUAUUUGAUAUGUCAGAGGUAGGAAGCCUGUGAGAGAACAGCGCGGAAAAGGAUAUGCUAGUCAAUUCUACAGGACUUACCUGAAGCAGCAUGAUUUGCACAAAAGUCGACCAACAAAAAGCAUCAACUUUUCAACUUCAUUAUCUUGGCCAUCCAGUUCUAUGUAACUGAAGGAUUUGUGUGCUGUUGGAGACAUCAUGGCCAACAAUAGGACCUAAUUGCUCUCAGCAGGCCUGAGAAAUGAGUUGAAAUGUGUGGAACUGUAGAAACUUCAGAGGCAACUGAUCUUGCCUUUCUGAUCAGUGUGUGCCUGUUUACAGCACUAUAUAUCUUUCUCUCUCCAAAAUGUCACUGAGCCCUUUAGAUGUUUAUAUUCACCACAAGAAGCCAAUCAUACAGAUAAAAGAAACGUGCAUUAUAAAUGCAAUAUCACUGUUUUAAACUUGACUGUUUUAUAUUAUUUUUGUGUGAUCAAGUGUUCCCCAAACUAUUCCAACUUUACAAGAGAGAUUGUGAUCAUAAUCUUUUCACCCGUGGGUCAUAAAAAUGUUGUUAAUCUGCAGACCCACAAAAUAUCAAAGACAUUCUGUAGUUUAUACACGUGUUGCAAAGUGUUUACUGUACUCUUUCAAAGCUUCUAAAUAAAUAUAAAAUAUAUAUAUAUAUAUUAUAUUAUAUAUAAUUUUCCGAAAAAUGUGGUACAAUUUAGUUGAUUUUUAAAUGGAUUCAUAUAGUCCAAACCAUACACUAAAGUGCGAAGGUAAUUCAGGGUCCCUAAGUUAUCCUUGCUAAAAAAAAAUAAAUCUUUAAUAAUAUUUCCCCAAUUUUGGUAUUUUGGUCAGUCCUGUUUUUCCUUUGUUGUUGUUGUUGUUGUUUGUUUUUGCUAUUUUUAAAGCUGUAAGAAACAACAUUUUGUUUAGAAGUUGUACUGAAUUUUCAAUGCCAAAGAUGCAGCUGUCAGUUUUACCAGAAUGAGCACUGACUAUGUACUAUCAAAAGUAUAUAUCAAUCUCCAUUAUUUUGAUUCUAUUUCUAUGGUUUUUAAUUUGGUAUCACAACACCUUUUAUAAAGGAUCUAUAAACUCACCUGUAUAUGUUGUUAAAAAGAACACUGGGUGUCUGUACAUUUUGAAAUGUAAGAUGUAAUGUAACUGAAGAUAACUGUUCUAAGGAAAUCCUCCCAAACUCCUGACACACACAUCUUUCUUUGACAUAAUUUUGUGCAAACCUAAGCAAAUAUAUAUAUCUUUUCAUCUUGGCUAGAAAUGGUUUUUGAUAAAAGGCAAAUCACAAA